AUGAUGACAAUGAUGAUGUUGGAUCAUUCUGCUGAACACCAUAAUGGCUUAAAUCCUAAACCUGAUCCAGACAUUGGAAUGCUAUGCGAAACAAGACGAUCAAAUUCAAACAUUUCAAAAGUUGUGAAUGGUAAUACGAAUGAUGACUACACAACACAUCCUGCCUUUCAUCAUCAACAUCAUAACUCUUCACCAACUUAUCCUCCGUACUCAUCGAUUGAUCGACAUUCUGCUCCACCGUCAACAAACAAGUCUCUAUCACGUCAAACAACUCCAAAUGAUUCCUGUAGUGAAAGUACAUUACGGUUACACGAUGAUCGUAAACUAUUUGUUGGUAUGUUGGGAAAACACCAAACAGAAGAGGAUGUACAGAAUCUAUUUGCACCAUACGGGCAAAUUGAAGAGUGUACUAUCCUACGAGAUCAGAAUGGAAUGAGUAAAGGCUGUGCUUUUGUUAAAUUCUCAACGAAUACAGAAGCGAUAAACGCUAUCGAUCAUUUGCAUAACAGUCAAACUAUGCAAGGUGCAUCUUCUCCAUUGGUUGUUAAAUUUGCUGAUAAUGAAAAGGAACGUUUAGUUCGCCGGCAUCAUCAUCAACAACAGAAUAGCGUAAAUGGAUCCACCUCUACUCCAGCAUCUGGAGGAUAUUUUGGAAAUAAUAAUAUGAAUCACACUAUGACUAAUGGUCAUUUGAAUGUGUCGAAUAUAUCACUGCAGCAGUAUACUGCACAGCAGUCACUUCGUCCUUCUUGUGCUAGUUAUACUGAUGCAUCGAAUAUGGCAGCGGUGGCAGCCGCUGUCGCCGCCUUCCAACAACAACAGCAACCACUCGGCGCUGCUCCUGGCUUUUCAUUACAAUUUCCUAGUGGCCAGCUUACACCCGGUUUAAUGCCCUCCUCCAAUCCCAGUCCAGUUCCUAAUGGUAUACAGAAUUCAUCUAUCCAGUCUAACCAACAACAUCAGCAGCAACAAGCCCAACAGCAACAACAACAAAGUCAAAUGGCACAACAAACAGCCUCUGCAUAUUUCAAUCCAAUGGCAGCGUUUAUGGCUGCAGCAACUGCUAUGCAAUAUGCUAAUCCACAAUUAACCAACAUGAAUUCCUUGACAGAUAGUCAAGUGAAUCGUCCCACAACUAUCCCGUUACAAUUGAAUUCUAUGUGGGGUGGUGGUCAGCCAAUACCGAAUGCUGCUGCAUUAGCCUCAUUGGCGUCUGGUUGUCCGGCUGCUGCUGCUGCCGCUGCCGCCGCCGCUGCUACGGCAUUACAAAAUACUACUCUACCUCAAUGUUCAUUGUUCCCGUUGACAGAUAUGGCUACACUAGCUGCUCUUACACAAGUAGGCAAUGGCAAUUUAAUGUCUGAUGCUAUGACAACAUCCGGUGUAUCCAUGGGUAAUGAAUUUCACAAUGCACUUACCACUGGGCUACUCGUGUCUGCAUCCCCCUCAACAGUAUCACCAAGUUUUGCCAGUAUUGGUAAUACUGCCACCGGAGGUCAAUCUGUCUCAUCUGGUGCUGGUAAUAUUUUAGCUUCAUCACCUGGUAUGAUGACUCCAGCCGCAUCUACACCACCAACUGUCAGUCCAGGUUUACUGACACCACAAACAUUGACCAGCGAUCCAACAGGUUUGUAUGCAGCUGCUGUUGCACUACAGAAUUCAGCGACAGGUCAAACCAAUACAAAUGGAUUACAGUUUCCACAACUACAUCCAUCAUUCGCUGCUGCUGCCGCUGCCGCUGCCGCUCAAUCUGCGGCUUUAGCACAUGGUGGGAAUAAUGUGUUGAAUUCUUAUUUGACGGAGAAUGCAGCGAUACAACAUGCUGCAGCGUUGGCGGCUGCUGCUGCGGCAGCAUCAGGACAACCGUUUGUCAAUGAUCCUAUGCAUCAAUUGUAUGCUGGACUUCAAGCCUAUGGUCUAGCUUAUCCUGGUGCAGGAACCGCGUAUACCUCAUUCUCUAAUUUGCAUCAUCAAGCCUUGUCUAUGCCAGUUCAACAGAAAGAAGGUACCAGGGAACUCAUAUUGACAGGUCCUGAAGGGUGUAAUUUGUUCAUUUAUCAUUUACCACAAGAGUUUGGUGAUCAUGAAUUAGCUCAAAUGUUUAUGCCAUUCGGUACACUGAUCAGUGCAAAGGUGUAUGUUGAUCGUGUCACACUUCAGAGUAAAUGUUUUGGUUUUGUCAGUUUCGAUAAUCAUACAAGUGCUCAGAAUGCAAUUCAAGCAAUGAAUGGUUUUCAAAUUGGUAUGAAACGAUUGAAAGUUCAACUGAAACGACCAAAAGGCAGUAACCCAUCAUCGAAUUCAUCGUCGAACAGAAAAUCUCGUGAUACACGUGAGUCAGGACAAAUACAAGGUGCAAACUUGACUACUACUACUACUAUUCCACCGUCAGGCGACAUCAACACGACAACAACGACGACAACACCAGCUUCAGCACCAACUACUACUCCUCCGACUUUAUAUUCUGAGUUAGUCGCAAACCCUACGGAAACAGUCACCAUUCAACAACAGCAGCAGCAACAACAACAGCCAGCAGCAGUGCCAGCGGUAUGA